AUGACGAAAACUCAGCAGAUGUUCAGCGAUUACAAAAAGAUCGUCAAAGUAUGCGCAUGGGUCAAUAGAUUUGUUAACAAUUUAAAACAAACUAAAAACAAGAAAAAACGGGUCACUGGUGCCACCCUAACUGUGGAAGAAAUCAAAGCAGCGGAGCAGAUCUUGCUAGAAAAUCUAAAACAAAUUGUGCAAGACCACAAUUUCCACCAAUUAAAACGUCAAUUUAACAUACAAGAACACAAGCUUUGUGAAUUAAUUGUUAUACACAUCCACUGUCAAAAUAAGCAUUGCGAAGUAAGACAAAUGCUAACCGAGCUAAGUCAGAAAUACUUCAUAAACCGUUGUGGGAAUUAUGUUCGUAAAAUUUUAUCGCAGUGUCGCCGACACAAAAGGAAACUAUAUAGUUACCCAGAUCCGCCACCUUUGACCAUUCUCAGACUAAACGAGGUAAGAGUUUUUGCAGUGGUGAGAGUUGAUUUAUACAGGCCUUUGUUUCUGAGAGACAUAAUUCGCAACGAGGAUUCCAGUAAGUUGUUCAAGAGUUGGGUUGUGUUGCACACUUGUGCGGCAUCUAGAGGGGUAGUGCUGGAUUUGGCCCUCAAUUCGAGUUUGAUAGCUUUUAGGAGGGGUCUGAGUCGUUUUGUAUCCAGGCAUGGUUGUUCGGGUGAUAUGAUUUCUGACAAUGGUUCGAACUUUGCUGCGGAAGAAACACAAUAA